AUGUCUUUGCAGUGGAAAACCAAGAUAUUCUCUGCCCUACGGCAACAAAAGUCCUCCGUAGACGAAAAGCAACCAGUCUCACGAUGGACAAAUCGCGAUUUGGAGCCAACGCCGCCCGAGGAACGAACGUGGACAUGGUAUAAUUUGCCUCUAUACUGGCUUUCCACAGCCUUUGGCACCGCAGGGUGGAAUGUCGCGUCGUCCUUAAUUGCUGCCGGGCUAACAUGGCAGCAAGCUCUCGUAUCCUGCAUCAUCGGAUCCGCCAUCAGCGGCCUCGUAGUCACCGCAAUGGCGAGGCCGGGCGCCCGAUACCACAUAGGCUACCCAGUGCUCGCCCGAUCGUCCAUGGGCAUGUACGGCUCCUUCUUCUUCGUCUUUAUCCGCGCCGUCAUUGGUACCAUUGCCUACGGCAUCCAGACGUUUUACGGCGCCAACCUCUUGUCCACCUGCCUGCGGUGCAUUUUCGGUUCGUCCUGGGAGGGCAUGGGGAAUACGCUGCCCGCGUCCGCGCACGUCACGUCCAAGACGCUAUUGUGCUUUUUUCUCGUCUGGUUGAUCCAGUUCCCUCUGUGUUUUAUACACCCAUCUAGAAUCCAAAUUCUCUUCACACUCAAAGGCCUGCUUGUGCCCAUUGCCACGUUUGGAAUCUUUGGCUGGUGCAUGGCCAACGGAGCCGGCCUAUCGACCAUUGACGACCAGUCAAAGUCCUCGACCGGACCCGUGGGAUGGGCCAUCAUGAGCGGCAUUAACACGGUGCUCGGGACGCUGUCUCCCAUGCUGGUCAAUCAGCCCGAUCUGGCGCGGUACUGCAAGACGCCUCGAGACGCGGGCGCGCUGCAGGGUGUCUCGGUGUUUGUCGCAAAGGUCCUGGUCAUGUUCCUUGGACUUGCGGCCACGAGCUCGAUUCAAGGUGCCUGGGGAGAGACGUAUUGGAAUUUCUGGGACCUCAACGAAGCCAUUCUCGAUCGAUAUUGGACUGCCGCGGGCCGGGCCGGUGUGUUUCUGGUGUCCUUUACCUACCUUCUCAGUGUGUUUGGCAUGAACAUUGGCGCCAAUUCCCUUCCUUUCGGAGCCGACAUGAAUGGUCUAUUGCCAAGAAUUCUCACUAUCCGGAGGGGUCAGAUCCUCUGCGCUGUCCUGAGCGUAUGUUUUGUUCCUUGGGAACUGAUCGCCACGGCCCAAAAGUUCAUCACAUUCCUCGGUAGCUACAACAUUUUCAUGGCUCCAAUCUGUGGUAUCAUGAUUGUAGACUACUUCAUCGUACGUCGUGGAAACAUUCAUAUCCCUUCACUAUAUAAUGGUCGUCCACGUGGACUCUACUGGUUCACCUCUGGAGUCCAUAUUCCUGGAGUCAUUGCAUGGUGCGUCGGUGUCAGCUUUGGUAUACCUGGUCUUGUUGGCUCGUACGAGCCACUGGCAGUCAACCAAUCGGCGAAAAACAUGUACAAGAUUGGUUGGGUUUUGUACAUGUCAGCGGCAGCACUGACAUAUUAUGUCAUGGUCACCUUCUUGGAGCGUCCAGCUGUGUACCCCGAAAGACACAGUGAUAAACCUAGAGAUUGGGAAUUACUGGCAAAAGCCGAGCCCGAAGGCUAUUUUGAGGAUGAAAUUACAGGUGAUGCAACAAUCGAGGGCGUGCAGAUAAUUGCAAACCCAGAGACAAAGAUGAAUCUGGGGGCCAAAGUAGGAAGUAUGUAG